AUGGUCAGCAGCGUCGAGGUGGAGUCGGUGCCGCCGACGGCGCUUCCCUCGCGCAAGCGUGCCCGACGCCUGGACACGGCGGAGGACCGUCUGAGCGACCUGCCGGACUGCCUCCUGCACGCCAUCCUCGCGCGCCUCCAGUCCCGGCAGGCCGUGCAGACGAGCACGCUGUCGCGGCGGUGGAGGCACCUGUGGCGCUCCGUGCCCUGCGUGGACAUCGACCAGCGCCAGUUCCCCGGCAGCCACGUGCCGGGCUCCCGGCAGCGCGGGCGCUUCGAGGACUUCGCGGACAGCAUGCUGGCGUUCGCCGGCGCCGCGCCGUCGUCACGGACGCCUCUGGACGCGUUCCGCCUGCACCUGGUCGACGGCGGGAGCGCGAGCUCCGACAGGUGGGUGCGCCGCGGCCUCAAGCGCCGCCCGGCCACCGUCGACAUCCGCUGCAGCCUCGGCGACUUCAGAGGCAUGGUCGAGUGGCCGCCGGGCCACGUCAACCUGGCCGCCGCCGCCUGCCGCCUGACGACGCUCACGCUCUUCGGCGUGACGCUGCGGCACGGCUUCGCGGAGAGGCUCGGCGCGCUCUGUCCGGCCAUCCAGGACCUGCGCAUCGACAACUGCCACCACCACUCCUCCCACUGCACCAUCGUCUCGCCCUCGCUCAAGUUCCUCACGCUCUUCUGCAGAAUGAGCUACCCCUAUUCCUCCGCCAUUACUUUGGCCAUCGCCUCUCCUCGGCUCGCCACCCUCUUCCUCUUUGUUCCGUUCGGCGGCACGGGCGUCCACCCGGUGAUCACUGCUGCUCCGGGACACCAGGCGCUGGCGUCGCUUGCCAGGGCGUCCAUCUGUAUAUACGAUCGGGACCGCCCGAACAAACGGCCCAACAAGACCAAGCUCGAGUUCCUGAGGUCCAUGCGCGUCUUCCUCGCACGAUUGUCCAACGUCCGGAUCCUACGACUCUCGGGGUUCACCUCGAAGGCAUUGCUGGACCACGAAUCUCAAGAAUUCCCGACGUUCCAAAACCUGACAACAUUGGUUCUCCGCUGCUGUGAUGUUGGAGCGUUUAACUCCCAGGUGCUGCUGAGAAUGCUUGACAGUACCCCUAAUUUGGAGAAGAUUGGAUUGUACCACUGCAAGGUUUGGAUGGUUGAUGGUACCGACGAUGAAACUGAGCAAAAGAGGGAGCCACGUGCGCUGACUCAUUGUGGGUGUAAAGCUAUGCUUGAGAUCCAUCGUAUUGCUGGUACGGAUCCAAUCCAGAGAACGGAGCCAUUUCAUGAGACACUCAGGGAGACCAAUGGGCGAAAGAGGAGAUCCGGGCGCUGCAGCGAAUGUGGCAGUUUCAACCACGACAUUUGCAAAUGUCGUGAUCUGGGGAGAGGUUGA